CCCCGCCAGCCCCGCCGCCGCCGCCUGGGCCGGGCAAGAUGCCCCGCCGGAAGCAGCGCCACCCGCAGCCCGUCAAAGGUCAGCCGGGCCGGGAUCGGGGGCGGGGGGCGGGUCAAGGGAGCCUCCUCCGCCGACCAGGACGCGCCGCUCGGACCGGGCGGCGGCGGCGGGGGGGGGGGUCCUUUUCCGGGUUGGGGCGGGGCUCCCGGGACCCCGCGCCCGUGUCUGACCGGGGCGCCCCGUCCGGCCCUCCUCCCCGUCUCGCUCUCUUGCAGUGGACGCGGCGGGCGCGGCGGUCGAUCCUCCGGGCGAGGAGGGCCUGGCUCCGCCGGGCGCCUUCCUCUCGGAGCACGAGCUGGAGCUGGAGGACGAGGACGACGAGGAGGAGAGCGGCGGCGCCGGCCUCGCCUUCGAGAAGGACUCGGAAGGUGCGGGGGAAGCGGGUGGCGGGCCGGGAGGGGCCGGAGCGCAGCGCGGAAUCGGGGGGCGGGCGCAUGGGCAGGGGGGCUGCGGGCCGAGGAAGGGCUCCCCCAGGGAUCGCUGCCCCCUUCCGCCACCGUGGUAACCCCCUGUUGUGCCAGCAGGAAAGGUGAGGAUGCCCCCCGCUGCCCCCCUGAUGCCCCCUCCUUGUGUGCCGCAGACUCCCUUGGGGGGACGCCCGGACUCUCGUCCUACGUGCUGAGCGAUGAGGAGUUCCCGCCGCUGUGCCAGGCCCAGGACAAUGGCGAGGGGCCCGGCCAGGCUUGCCAGCACUGCGGCUUGCCCGCCCCUGCCGCCUGCUGCCCGCCAGAGGAGGAAGAGCUGGAGGAGGAGGAGGAGGAAGGUUCUGCCAAGGGGCGGGUGGUCUUCUCCUGCCAGCUGUGCCCCUUUGCCUCGCACUACUCCAGCCACCUCAAGCGCCACAUGAAGACCCACAACGGGGAGAAGCCCUACCGCUGCCCGCACUGCCCCUACGCCUCAGCCCAGCUGGUCAACCUGACGCGCCACCUGCGCACCCACACGGGAGAGAAGCCCUACCGUUGCCCCACCUGCCCCUUCGCCUGCAGCAGCCUCGGCAACCUCAAGAGGCACCAGCGGGUCCACGGCCAGGAGCGCCCGCUGCACUGCGGCUCCUGCACCUGCCGAUGCGCCCGGGGCAACCCCCUGCGGCGCCACAGCCCCGGGGCACAGGGGGAGUCGGAGGCGGAGAUGGAGGGGCCAGCGGCUGCGGAGCAGGAGACAGGUAUGUGGGGCAGGCCGGGGGUGGGGGUCCAACCCCUUGCAUAGCAGAAAGACUUCCUGACAGAUAGCCGCCCAACAGCUGAUUAGCAAUCAGUGGAGGAGAGUCCACACCCUUAUUAAUGAGUCGGUUCCACUGCUGAACAGCUCUUACUGUCAAUAGUAAUAAUAAAUAAUAAUGAUGUUAUUGUUUUUACCCUGCCUGUUUGGCUGGGUUUCCCCUGCCACUCUGGGCUGCUCCCAACAGAAUAUUAAAAACACGGUAAGACAUCAAACAUGAAAAGCUUCCCUAAACAGGGCUGCCUUCAGAUGCCUUCUAAAAGUCAGAUAGUUGUUUAUUUCCUUGACAUCUGAUGGAAGGGUGUUCCACAGGGCGGGCACCACCACUGAGAUGGCACUCUGCCGGGUUCCCUGCAACUUGGCUUCCACAAUGAGAGAACCACCAGAAGGCCCUCGGUGCUGGACCUCAGUGUCCAGGCUGAAUGAUGGGGUGGAGAUGCUCCUUCAGGUAUAAUGGGCUGAGGCCGUUUAGGGCUUCAAAGGUCAGCACCAACACUUUGAAUUGUGCUUGUAUCAGGAGCUAAUGUAGAUACUUUAGCACUGGUGUUAUAUGGUCCUGGUGGCUGCUCCCAGUCACCAGUCUUGCUGCCGCAUUCUGGAUUAGUUUUAGCUUCCGAGUCCCACCUAGAGUGCAUUGCAGUAGUCCAAGCAGGAGAUAACAGAGCACGCAUCACUCUGGCAAGGCAGUCUGCGGGCAGGGAGGGUCUCAUCCUGCGUACCAGAUGGAGCUGGUAGACAGCUGUCAGGAAGCUCUUCCUAAUGUUUAAUGGGUAUCUCCUUCGUUGUCCUUUGAAUCAAAGAAAGGAGAUUCUGACUGAAUGUUGGGAAUAACUUUCAGACAGUAAGAGCUGUUUAGCUUUGGAACGAAAGGAUAUUGACAAGCUGGAAGGGAGACCAGGAUGAGCAAGGAGUCUGGAAAUCCAUCCUUACGAGGAAUGGUUGUGGGUGUUGGGUCUGUGUAGCCUGGAGAAGAGAGCCAGAGUUUGACCCCAGGAGGGGAGAAGGCUCUUGCCACUGCGAGUACAGGAGGCUGGACUAGAGGGGGCCCUGGCCUGAUCCAGCAGGCUUUUCUUAUGUUUUUAUCAAUCCUAGCAAUGUAGAGUUGGAAGGGGGAGCUGAGGGUCAUUCCUGAAAGAUGACCAUGAGAAGCCUGGAAAUGCUGUCCCCUGGAAGAUGGAGCCGGUUUAUUUUCUGCUGCUCCAGGGGGCAGGAUCUGAAGCCUUGGCUUCAAAUGACGAGGGAGGAGAUUCCGACUUAACAUUGGGAAGAACUUUCUGGAGGUGAGGGCUGUUUGAGAGCGGAAUGGGCUCCCUCAUAUGGUGCAGGACUCUUCUUCAGUGCUUGCAGGUCUUUCACCAGAGAUUGCUUGGCCAUCUACCAGGAUUCCUUAGCAGCAGCAAUUCCUACAUAAGGAAUUGGACCAGGGGAGCCCGGAAGUCCCUUGCGACUGAUUUUAAGCCAUUCCUAGCAAGGUAGCGGGGAACACUCUCCUCAGACCCCUCCUUAGCUAAAUCAAUAAACCAACAAAUCCCUUUUUCUGCUUCCCAAGAUGGUGGCCUCCUCAUUAGAAGGGAUCUUCAGCCUAACCUCUACGGGGUCAGCAGAGUCCAGCAGUGUGGGAACCAGCUCUGGAGCAGAUAGGAGGAAUGGGAGGCUCUUAGGUGGAUGCUGCGUGUGGGAGCGCAGAACGUGGGUCACGUGUCUCGGGCUGCAGGGAUUCCCUCGCCCAGCCCCCCUUGCCCCCCUCACUGCUCUUUCUCCUCCGCAGAGCCUCCGCUCUUGGCCCCGGGCUCCCCGUUCCUGAGGCCCGAGGACUCUGCGGCCGUCCUCCCGGAUCUGCUCUUCCCCUUCACGUGCCGGGCGUGCGGACUGGUCCUGGAGGCGGACGAGGGCCUGGGCGAGCCGGUGUGCGGGCGCUGCAGCCUGGCGGUGCUGGGGGCAGAGCAGUCGUCGCCCAAGGGCUUCUCGUGCCAGCUGUGCCCCUUCGUCACCACCUACCCCAACCACCUGGCGCGGCACAUGAAGACGCACAGCGGGGAGAAGCCCUUCGCCUGUGCCCUGUGUCCCUACGCCUCGGCACACCUCGACAACCUCAAGCGCCACCAGCGGGUGCACACGGGAGAGAAGCCCUACAAGUGCCCGCUGUGCCCCUACGCCUGCGGCAACCUGGCCAACCUCAAGCGCCACGGCCGCAUCCACUCGGGGGACAAGCCCUUCCGCUGCCGCCUCUGCUCCUACUCCUGCAACCAGAGCAUGAACCUCAAGCGCCACAUGCUGAGGCACACGGGAGAGAAGCCCUUCCAGUGCCGCCUCUGCCCCUACACCACCGGCCACUGGGACAACUACAAGCGGCACCAGAAGGUGCACGGCCAGGGCCUGCCCGAGGAGGAGGGGGGCCCCAGCCUGGACAGCAGCCUGCCUUGAGGGCCCGCGGGGGGAGACCGCGCCACCCGCCACACCAAGGCACCCGCCUCCUCCCGGGUGCCUCUGCAUAGGAAUAGGCUCAGACUGCGCGAGGAGAAAGAGGGGGCCUCUUCCACACGCCAAACAAGCCCCCACCCCCAGGAUUGGGGGAAGCAGCUGUAGGGACCUUUCGGGGGGGGGGGGGGCAGUGCAGUUCGUGCCGGCAGUGGAGCACUGGGACCUCCUUGGCCAAAACGCAGCUGGGCACUGCCUGCUCCUGCGGAUUGGGCCCUUUUCACGUCACCUGGAAAAGAUUGUAUCUGUGGGGCAACAGAACACUCCCCCCCCCCCAAAGAAACUCUCUGACUGAGGGCGGUUCUUGGUGCUUUCCUGUCCUCUCUGUGCCUCCUCCCCAGCCCCUUUUAACUGUGGUUGCUGCUUGAGUCUGUGUAAUUUAUAUCGUGUAUUAAUGCAUUAAACUGUUUUCUUAUCUUGCUUU